AGAACAUCCUGAUGAAAGAGUCUUAAAUUGGAUCAUGAUUGUAUCCACAAUUUCACUAGCUUUUGCUUGUGGUCUGAUUAUUUUUGAUAAAUCACUGCAUGACAUAUUUGAUACUGCACAUAAAUGGACUAUGAUGUGAUUGGUUAGCUUUCAUACGUUGUUUAAUUUACACAGGUUUUUUUUUUUUUUGGUCUGUGUUGUACUUUAUUUCAAAUUUCCUUUUUGUGUUUCAUUUGAAAUGCGUUUACUGACAUUUAAAGUAAAAAAUGGUGUCAAAAAAUGUGUGCGUGUGUUUUCUGAACGCGCCUGAUCACUCACGGGUCGUGUCUAGAAGGUAACCCCGUAGUUGCAUGAAGUGUCGCGAGAGCCACAUUGAACGUUCACAUCCUGUGUGUUUAGUGCUUAUUUAGAGUCCUACAGAAACCCUACACCUACCCCUAAACCUAAACUUAACCUUACCACAAAACUAAACCUAACCUUAGUAACAGUGAAAGAGACUCUCGCGAGACUUACGCUGCCGCGGGGUUACCUUCUAGACAGCCUCGGUCGCGCGCGGUUGCCAAAGCAAAGUUUGAUUCAUGCAGGAAGCGACACCGGUACCACCUCAAAUGAGGCUCUCUCCUAGAAAUUGUAUUGAAAUAUUCACAUAAAUUGCGUAGUUUGAUCGCAUAUUAACGGAGAUGGGCCUCAUUGGAUCAAACGUUCCUUCAAUGUUGAUCGUAAAGUGAUGGGUGGCGAAACCUGAGCGUAUAUCCAUUAUGGAGAUAAGUAGCACCAUGCCCAGCAGCAAUCUGCCACCCCUGAGGAACCUACCCAGCUGGUCCAGGGUUCGAGAUCUGGACAGGGUGAGAUACCCAAAGCUUCUGUCUAGUGACUGUGUGGUCAGAUCUCCACCUUUGGACCUCAGAAGUCUAAAACCAGCUGCUCCGCCCAGAGUAGAUGCAAAUGACACACGCAUUGCCUCUCUGGAGAAAGAUAUUCUGUUCCUGCAACAACAGCAUAAGGACACACUGGAGAGAUUGCAUGCUGAAAUAGAAGAUCUGAAGCGUAUUAAUAAAGAAUUACAAUAUCAGUUGAUUAUGGAGCACCAGCAUUCACCAAAAGAUUCCAAAUGGUCCAACAGUAACUCCACAAAAUCCAGCAGUGAUGGUUCACCCGAGAAGAAUUCUCAGUGUAGAUUCAUUAGCUGUGAGAAGGUGCCGGAGGCUCACGUGGGGUCAGGUGGAGGCCCAGUUACAUCGCUGCUCCCCCUCAGAAUCACUUGUAGUCCAUCCCAGAAUCCCCGCACGCCCACCCUAAAGGAGUAUGAGGUCAUCAUACGACAGCUCUAUCACGCUAACACCUCACAGGGUCAAGAGCUGCAGCGGAUCAAGACUGUCCUCAGAGAUAUCGUCUUAAACAAAAAGAAGUCGUCCACUGAAACUGUCUCUCUCGCAAGGGCCUGUCUCUAUGACAACACCAGGGAUGAAGUUUUCAAGCAUUUUCCAAAACUACCUCUCAUACCAUUGCCAAAGAAACAGAACCCCAGUCAGACCAGUAGAGAAACUGUGAUUCUCCCGGACAUCAAAUGCAAUUUCAGCAGCACCUUGUCAGAACGGCAGAGAAGGGCGCAAGACGUGCACAAAAUGCGGCUUAGAAGAACUGUGAACUGUCUUGACAAAUAAAGUGCAAUGAUCGUGUGAAAUGUCAAAUAUAUAUAUAGUUUUUUCCUUCAGCACAGAGAGCUAUAGAUAAAGUAAGAAUGUGUUGAGGCUGUUGAUCAUGUUAGAUUCCCUAAUGAACUAAAUAAUCUUUCCACGGAAGCAGCCAAGUGGCCAAGACGAGUUUCAAGCUAAUCUGCCCAUCCUUCUAAAGGAAGAUCACUGUAACCUCUCAGAUAACAGGUAAUCAAAGCCUCUUCAAAGAAACGGCCAGAAUCAAUGCUUUACAUUACAUGACUGACUUAUAAUGUUAUCUCCAUUUUUGACGUGACACACCGAAAUGAGAAAUGGAAAUGAGCAACGUUACUGUAGGAUAUUUAAACGUGUUGUUGAAUUGUCUUUGAAUUCUUUAUUUCUCAAUAUUCUAUGCAUUUUUUUUUUGUUGUUUUUUUUUGUACAACAUCAACACAGAAUUUCAUUGUCUAAGAGCCUGUGAACAAUCUUGAAUAUAAGAGAUUUUUCUGCAGUUUUUGUCUCCAAACAUACUCUAUUACUGAGGUAAUGUAGGGUGUUUACCAAAGAAAAAGAGUUCUGGCCUGUUCCUGGAUUAUUGAAAUGUCUUUUAAGUGUUAUACUGAGGUUUUCUGUCUAUAAUUUACAUAUAAACCGCACACAGUGAGUAAUCGGGAUGUUUUAAAUGGCCUUCUAUGUAGGAGGGUGGCUGGUUUUUAUAGUAUAUCCUGAAGGAUAAUUGACUACUCCGAUCAUUGCCCAAGAUCCUGGCAGACACCACAUCGUAUUACUGCGUUUAAGAGCCUUAUUAAGUAAUGGGAUUUAGAGGGCAGUAUCUCAUUCAGUUCAACUCUGACACACUCCAGUCUUGAAACUGCUCUUGUUUAACAUUUUAAUUUAAUUCAAUUUACACAAUAAAAACAGUUUAUAACAGUAUCAUGUGCAGUUAUCCUUUUUUGAUUAAUAUCUUAAUAUACACCAAUCACAUUUGCCU